CGCUAGCCUUCGCUUCCAAUUUAACCACCGUAAACUUUGGGCGCCCAGUCCCACUAUUCCUCAUCCAUCUACUAUGUCUGAUGUACCUACAUUGAGUGUAACUCUGCUAGGUGCAGGUCAAGAAGUCGGACGGUCGUGCUGCGUAUUGAAAUAUUGCGGCAGGACUAUUGUUUGCGACGCGGGCGUCCACCUUGCGUACAGUGGAAUUGCGUCGCUGCCGUUCACUGACGAACUCGACUGGAGCACAGUGGAUGCCAUUCUAAUAACACAUUUCCACCUUGACCACGCUGCAGCGCUUACCUACAUCACAGAAAAGACAAACUUCAGAGAUGGCAAAGGAAAAGUGUACAUGACACAUCCAACUAAGACUCUCCACAAGUUCAUGAUGCAGGAUUUCGUACGGAUGAGCUCUACUUCUUCGGAUGCCCUUUUCUCUCCUCUAGAUAUGUCCAUGUCGUUCGCCUCUAUCAUCCCCGUCUCUGUCCACCAAGUUAUAACGCCUUGCCCGGGUGUUACCUUCACGCCUUACCACGCAGGCCAUGUUUUGGGCGCUUGCAUGUUCCUCAUCGAUAUGUCUGGCCUUCGCAUCCUGUAUACAGGUGACUAUUCUCGAGAAGAAGACCGCCACCUAGUGAAGGCGGAAGUUCCGCCCGUUCACCCUCACGUCUUGAUUGUUGAGAGUACCUAUGGUGUUCAAAGUCUAGACAGUAGGCCCGAAAAGGAGCUUCGGUUCACUAACCUUGUGCACUCUAUCAUUCGACGAGGCGGUCAUGUUUUGCUUCCUACUUUCGCGUUGGGUAGGGCACAAGAACUUCUGCUCAUCCUCGACGAGUACUGGAAGAAACAUCCUGAUUUGCACAACGUACCCAUAUAUUACGCUUCCGGUCUAGCUCGAAAGUCGAUGGCCGUCUACCAAACCUACAUCCACACGAUGAACUCUAAUAUCCGAUCUAGGUUUGCUAAGCGCGAUAAUCCCUUUGUUUUCAAGUACAUCUCAAACCUCCCUCAGUCCCGCGGCUGGGAGAAAAAGAUCGCGGAAGGCCCUCCUUGCGUGGUACUUGCAAGCCCCGGAUUCAUGCAAUCCGGCCCAAAUUUCGACAUUAUGACCGAACCAGAUGAAUUCGAAUCAGUCAAAGGAGGCAUGAUUUCCCGGAAAAUAUCGGUGGAUUACAUAUCGUUUAGUGCUCAUGUCGACUACUCUCAGAACUCGGAGUUCAUAGAGCUAGUUAAAGCACAGCAUGUGGUUCUGGUCCAUGGAGAACAGACGGCUAUGGGUCGUUUACGGGCGGCAAUGACAUCGCGGUACAAAGAGCGAGAAGAAGACGUCAAAAUAUACACUCCUCGUAAUUUGGAAACACUCAAUCUUUCCUUCCGAGGUGAACGUGUAGCAAAGGUCACCAGAACCUUGGCAGAUACGGUACCCCAAAGAAAUGACAUCCUGUCGGGGCUUCUGGUUGCAAAAGAUGAUUCAUACACCCUCUUGGACCUGCGAGAUUUGCGGGACCUUGGAGGACUUUCUACCUGCACCAUCACGCAGAGGCAGAAAAUUGCGCUCGGAGUGCGUUGGGAACUGGUCAGAUGGCAUCUUGAAGGCAUGUAUGGGCACGUAGAGGAAGGGUUCGACAAAGAUGGUGUUCUUACCAUGCGGAUCAUGAAUGCUAUCAAUGUAAAACAAACUCAAGAACAUGAGCUGACUCUUGAGUGGGAUUCUAAUGCGAGCAAUGAUAUGCUGGCAGACUCGACGCUGGCUCUCAUUGCAGGAAUUGAUAAGAGUCCCGCUUCCGUCAAAUUGACAUCCCACGGGGGUUCCCAUUCUCAUCCAGACCCUCAUGGACACCCGCAUGCAGAUUCUAGCUCAGAUCUUAACGCCGCAUCUAUGAAACGCAUUGAGCACCUCAUCAUGUUUUUGAAAGCUCACUUUGGAAAAGUGGAGUUGCAUAUGCCAGAAAAGACUUAUGAAGAAGCGCGAGGACUGAAUGGGCCUGGCAACGAACCAUCACUACUUGUUCAACUUGAUGGAGCAGAUGCGCGAAUAAAUCUAGUCUCCAUGAUCGUCAUCAGUUCGAAUGAAGCGCUGCGAAAACGAGUGGAAGAUGUCUUUGAUAUGGCGGUUACAACAGUCAGUUCCUUGAUGGAAUCGUUUUCUUCGACUGUUUCUUCAUUGCACCAUGAGGACAGUGAGAAAAAUGCAAAUGACGUCUCCUUUGAUUUGUCCCGGGACCUGAGUACUGAAUCCGGGAGUGUGGGGGCUCCUGAUAUACGCAGGGCCUGCCGCGAAGCAGAUUUAGAACUUGAAGUGCGCGGUUAGUUCUGCUAUUGAUGGAACGUCGCUAGGCAUAUAUGUAAUUUAGUAGGCAAUGUCGUGAUGCGGUGCCAGUAAUGAUUAAUGAAGUUUCAUUAAAUCUAGCGG